AUGCUCGGUCGACCCUCCUCUGCUGGAGGCUAUGCCUCUCAAAACACAGGGGCAUAUCCUUCUCAAUCCUCGCAGCCACAAUCCCGAAAUUUCCAGGCCAACCGUUACAACAAUAUCUCUGCAACAGGCUAUCGAGGUUUACCACCGACCGGACCAGUGGCACCAUAUGCAUUUACUUCAACUCCACAACUUGCCAACGGCAAGUAUCGUGGCAACGUACCUACUACUGGGAGAUCAAUGUCUGCCCCAAAAGUCCCACAAGUGUCUCAAUCCUCAUCCCAACCAUCUUCGCCAACGGACCUACCACAGAUCGAUGCUGGAAGUCGAUUGUCCAUAGGUCUACCCAUAAUACCAUCCACAGGUUCUUUCAUGGGACCCUCACAGUCCCCUGUCACCGCGAAGCCAUCCCCGGAUCGAUAUCGAAGGGUUGGAAAACGCACUGAGGGUGAGAGUGGCCCAAACCGCGUUGCCAUGAAUUCUGCUCUACCUUCAGGUUCCGGUAUGGCUGCGGUAGGAUCACUGUACAGCCAUCCAUCACAAUCGAGUAGUACACCGUCUUUGAGUUCUCAGACUUCGUAUCGAGGAUCCACAUAUGGACCAUCUGGGAGCAAAAACUCAAGUGCGGAUGAUCUGCAGUUGGGAAGAAACCAGACCCCAGAUUUGGCCGCGAGAUAUCGUCGACGAAGUUUGGGUAAUAUCGAGACAGCUGGCUUGAUACAUUCGGCAGAUCCCCAGGAAACAUCCUCUCCCCACCCUAACGCCUUCCUAGGCUCUCAGCAACCACAACCCGUACAACAGCCGCACCCAACACAACCUGCUUAUGGACAUGGGCAAAGGCCCGCUCAUUCUCAUUCAGCAAGUUCGGAGAGUAGAACCUCAUCAAGAUCGGGUCGUUCAUCACGUCCAGGUUCGGCCCGAGCGGAUCAACCCGCCACUAGCCCCUUGAGCACAACCCAAACCCCUGCAACAGGUUUAAGGCAGGAAACUCGCCUCACCGCCCAUUCUCACGCCCGAGAUUCUAGCAUCCGACAGCCUUCUCCCUUAUCCCGUCCUGUCAACCUCAAUUCAGAACACAUGGAUAAGAAACCCCAAGCGCCGACAGUAUCAUCAUCCAACCAACCUCAACCUUCCUCGAGCCCUGCUGCUGAACAGCUUGCUGCAUUGAGCCAAAAAGAUGCAAAGAAAUCAAAGUCGAAACUGCGAAGAGCCUUUUCGUUUGGCAGUGCCGCAGAGCUGCGGAAAGCCACCGCGCAGAACAACCAUGAAAAGAGCUUGGCCAACAAGACAUCCACCGCAGCAAAACGAACCUCAAAGUAUGAGGAUGAGCUGGAACCGGAGCAGGCCCGUAUUGCCGAAAAGCAAGAGGCUGCGGGUCUAGGCGAAAGUAUUUAUUCUGGCCAAGGGCAAUUCUUUACUGGCUCAACGGACAACCUGUCGAUCUCAUCUACCGCCUCGUCUGCGUCUAUCAUGCUCCGUAAAAUGGGCAAAGGCGUCAAGAAAGGUACACGAUCGCUGGUUGGUUUGUUCAGGCCAAAAUCCGUCAUUGGUGUACCUGCUGCUGAUGGGCCCAUCGAUCAGGCUCCUGUCGCUCAAGUUUCUAUGGUCACGGUCGAAGCCGAACGCGAGAAGGUCAAUGUCAAUGUGAACCCACAUGAUCAGGCUGGGGGUGGCACCGGCUUUCCCAAAUUGGAGCGUAACUCUGUGGAUACGAAGCUAUCUUUUGAUAGCGGUACAGUUUCGAGUGAUACAAGAUCCCGCCGCAGCAUUGUUGGAGGUGAGAAGGAGCGUGCUGAGGUUUUGGCCGCUGUGAAGAAGGGUAUUCUCAAGCGUAAUGAUUCAAAUCAACCAUCACCCAAGAUCCGAGCAUACGACCACAAGGCACCGGAUUUCAAUCUACCCCAGAUUCCCCACGUCAAUGACUCCCCCAAGUCCAGCGCUCCAAGCACACCUGCUGAUGACCCUCCACGGUCAGCCCAUCGCCGAACUGAUUCCAUCACCAUUGAAAAUACCGAUAAUGACGACUAUUUCACUUCCAUGGCGAGAAUGGGAAGCCUUGACUCUAAAAAUCCGGCAAUGACACCAGCAAGCCUGAUGAGGAACAUCUCAUUCAGCCCACGAAUCCAGUUUCACGACACAUGGCCCAGUGGCGAGUACGAUCGCCGUGGAGACAUUGCAACAUGCAAUCGUCUGACACCAAUGCUAGCUCAGCAGAUCAAAGAAGAGCUCAACACCUUCAAAAUGGAAAUGGAGGUGCAUGAGACUUCUAAAGUCUACACACAUUUCUUCUAG